CGCCAUGAAGUGUCGUGCUCUACACCUGUGGUUCGCUGCGGCGUCGGCGGUACUGGUGUUGUCACAGCGCCGCGGGUCCCCCAGACAGGCUCCGGGAGUCGAUUCAGGAGAUGAAGAAUGUAGCGGAGUCUACAGGGGAGAUGUCGGCAGCAUCCUGUCUCCAGACUGGCCUCAGGUCUACCCAAACAACCGGUACUGUGUGUACCACGUGACGGUCACCCCGGGGAGGACGGUCACGCUCACGUUCAACACCCUGGAUCUACAGGACAGGAAGAAGAGGAGGGGAAAGAGGAAGAAGAAGAAGAAGACUGGGAGGUGCACUGACGGGCUUACUUUAUACGAUGGAGGACCGGGGAGUGCAAAAAAGGGAGAGACAUGUGGAAGUACCUCUAUGGAUCCAUUUACGUCAUCGGGUCACGAGUUGGUGCUGGUGUUCCGUAGUGACGGCUCUGUGCAGCGGAACGGCUUCAACAUCACGUACACAGCGAGCGGCUGUGGAAACCCUGCCAUUCCCAGAGUGCAGUGGGUCGUUCCCGGAUCCCGGGUUGUGGGAGGGACUGAAGCUGAGCCUGGCAGCUGGCCGUGGCAGGUGUCUCUUCGCCCAGUUGAUGACGAGACCUGGCACUUCUGUGGAGGUUCCAUCAUCAAUGAGGAGUGGGUGGUGACGGCAGCCCACUGUGUGGACGGUGAUUACAAGCCGCUGGUUGUGGUGGGAGAACACAGCCGGACAGACCCGGGGGACGACCCGGAGAGAGCCGUGGUGGCCACCGCCAAAACCAUCAACCAUCCCGGCUUCGUCUGGUGGACCAUGGUCAAUGACAUAGCCUUACUCAAGCUCGCCUCUCCGCUGACCUUUAGCGACCGCGUGUCUCCAGUUUGCCUGUCAGAUACCAGCAUGGUGACGUCACCAACCACUUUCUGCACUAUCACAGGGUGGGGCACCAUGGCCGAGGGUGGAGACUGCUGUCCCAACAAGCUUCAGCAGGCGGACGUGCCGAUAGUAGAGGACGACCACUGCGAGAACACGUACCAGAGGCUCUUCAGGCAGUCCCUCGGACUGGUCCCCAGGAUGCGCCCGGCGAAGCACAUCUGCGCGGGCUACACCGAAGGGGGCGUGGACAGCUGCCAGGGUGACAGCGGCGGUCCGCUGACGUGCCAGGCCCCGGACGGAACGUACUACCAGGCGGGGGUGGUCAGCUACGGCGAGGGAUGCGGUCAAGAGGACAUCCCUGGCGUAUACACCGAGGUCUCCUCUGUAUACGAAUGGAUUCGCCAAACCAUCGAAGAGAAUUGAAUCAUUUUU